AUGGAGCAGCUGGGCAGGAACCGGGCGGGGGGAGGGGCUCUGCUGACUGCCCCCCACUACCCCCCACUGCCCCUAGGACUGAAGGGCUCCUUCUCCGUGGAGCUGCCCGUCGGCGCUGAGCUGGCGCCGGCUGCCAAGGUGCUGGGUUACACGGUGCUGCCCGACGGAGAGAUGGCUGCCGACAGCGCCCUGCUGCGCGUGGCCAAGUGCCUCCCCAACAAGGUGAAGCUGGCCUUCUCGCAGGACCGGGCCCUGCCGGGCUCGGAGCUCCAGCUGCAGGUGCAGGCUGCCCCCGGGUCCCUGUGCGCUGUCCGCGCCGUGGAUCGCAGCGUGCUGCUCGUGAAGCCUGAGGCCGAGCUCAGCGUCGACACGGUCUAUAACUUGCUCCCUGAUUUUCGCCAAGAAGACUCCUAUCAAGGUCAUAAGUCAUGUUACUGUCGGUACAGUAAUAUAUUUCAGAGUCUAAUUACUACUUUCUACAAUGUGCCAAGCAAAGUCUGGCAAUCCCAGAGGCAGCGCAGAGGGACUAGUGAUGGGCCUGACCCUCUGACAGACUCCAACAGCCUGUUUCAGGAUGCAGCUUUGAAGCUUCUCACCAACACCCGCAUCUGUGAGCAUCAGUUCCGGGAAUUGCCUAUUGACAAUAUCUAUGACCUAGGUCAGUGCUCCAGGAGCUUCCGUCUCCCAUAGUCAGCAAACCCCAAC